GACCUAUCUCCCAAUUCUUUUUCUUCGGAGAUCCAAUCAAUUCCCCUAAAUUUACUCUCCUUCAUUCCAUAUAACCCUAAACCCUCUGCCUCUUCAACCUCCCCCAUUCUCCAUUUCCUCGCUAACCUCUCUUGCCGCCCCCAAAGAUGAGGGUAUUCAUCGUUCUCGCCGUCGUCCUCACCCUCGCCGCCCUAUUACACCCUUCCGCCACCGCCACCAACUCGAACAACUCUCUCAAAUUCUUCUGUAGCCACACCGACUACUCCGGUCUCUGCAUCAAAUCGAUUAAAGAAAUCGCUCCCCGCCUCAAAAGAGCCAACAUCAACAUCGUCCUUGCCAUCCUGCUGCAUUCCAUUGAUGUUAGGGCUCGCCAGGGCAAGGCCUUCACCCUCUGGCUCACCAAACAAUCUCAUUCCCGUGCAAAAACCCUCGAGCUCCUUCACGACUGCGUCGACUUCUACGACACCGCCCUCGACAACCUUGCAUCCGCCACCAAAGCCAUCAAGGCUGGCGACAUCGACACUCGAGACGCCAUGCUAAGCUCCAUGAUCUCGAACUUCGGUUCCUGCGAGGAUGGAUUCAAUGAGUUCGCCAUCAAAUCGCCAUUGACGGACCGGAUUACAAUGCUUAAGAACAUGGUCGACAAUUGCCUGGCCAUUGGCGAACUGAGCAGGCCCUAAUAAUAAGGUUCUAAUUUGAGCUUCUACACAUAAGGAGUCUAAUAUUUUUACUUGGAUUGUGGUUAUUACUGAUGACUUGGGGCUGCAAUUUUUAUUUUUAUUUGAAGAAUGUUAUAAUAAACGCUUUACUUAUUUACGAGUUGAACUAAAGUUUUAUUUGGGACGACUUUUUUACUGUUUUUUAAAGCAGUUUUUUAGUACAAAUUUUUUAAUUUUAUACUAAGAAGCUACUUUACGAAGCAAUAAGAAAAUUGUCCCAAACAAAAUCUAAGCUGUUUGGUAGACAUAUUAGGGUGAUAGUCUGUAUAGUUUGAUUUGAAUAAAAAAUGAUUGAUUUGGAAGUAA